AUGCUGCUACUGUGGCUGCUGGGGUUGUUGCUGCUGUGCCGCGCUGCCGUCCUCCCUUGUCCUCUCGUCUUCCCCCUGUCCCCCAUGUUCCCGCCCCCGCCACCACGGUUAUCACCGCCAGUGACGAGGGCAUACGCCCCCACGCUCUCCGACGCCCUCUUCCUAGCGGCCUCCGUCUCCGCCUAGGCAGUCAGAAUCACCUGCUCUACCAACUCCGUCUUGACCUCCGAAUGCACCAACAACACGCUCCUCUGCACAUUGAAAUCGGGCAGAAGGUUGCGUACAUAGUGGAUGUUAGCAUCAUGAUCGGAUUGCAUCCAACCGUACGCUUCUAGUUUCUGGCGAAGUAAUGAUGCUCUUGUGAGAUAGCGCCGGGGCUCCUCCCCUACUUGCUGCUUCACGAGUACCACUGCCCCUGCAACUCCAACUUGUCCGUUUCUGCGCGCACUCAGUAAAAGUUGAGAAAUUGAUCCCACGAUUCAGUGGGGCAACCACUAGCUAGGAUUGCAGGGACAAUUGUCGGUACUUGUAUUUUGGAUAUGAUUAGCUGUGAAGCCUUAACCGCCCGAUCUACAGCUUCCGUCCCAUGUUCCAUCUUCAAUGCCGAGAUAUUCGCAUCCGUCUUCCCUACACGAAUCGUGUUCUUCGAUUCUAUUGCCCCAAGGCAACGCUCCCGCUCCAACGAAGAUCGAAAUUGACUGGUAAAAACUAUUACCGCCGUCUGUACAUCGUCCUCGGGGCUAAACUUCCCGGUGAAUGCAGGGAUUGUGAUAACCUGCGCUAAUACGUAUUGUUUCUUUAGGGGUUGGGACUUCCCUGUAUUCAUCCUUCGCUUGUAUCUUGACCCUCUGCAACGCCCGCGCGAGGGUGUCGAUGAGGCUGACGUCCGCCGGCGAUCGGGGCUGGUCUUCGGGUCGCGGGCUUGAUUCCGAGCCAGCCGGCCUCUCCAGCUGGGUGUCGCCUCCUUGGGAAGGCAUGCCCUCGCUCUGUGUUGCGGGGCGCUUUGCUGCUGCUGCUUCUUCUACUUUGAUCUUAACCUGCUCCUUGACAAGAGCGUCGAUUACGUUUCGCUGCUCGUCCGAGAGCUGGAGCUCAUCCAGCUGCUACUCCAUGAUUUCCGUGUCACUGUUCUCUGGCCGAACCCUUUUGUAGCUAGCCCCACCUCGGGAUCCCGUAUGAUGUCAAACGCUAGCGUGUUAGGAUAAUCCGAACUGCGGGUAGCUUGUCGCGAGAUGCGUGUUGAAUAGGGUAUCGGCAACUCGGCGGCCUUGCGCCGAGGAGAAAAACUUGUUGUGAUUAGUUGUAUCCACAUACACACACACAAGCCCCGUUGAGGGGUUGAGGGGGCGACGCCGUACACAACAGGAGUACCUUGUAGAUCUACAUCCCUGGAAUCCAUUCUACGUACCACACAUGUCACCCGGUAUUCCGCUCUACCUCAUUCCAUGGGAACACCCAGCACCAACCACUUGGCAUUGCUACAAGUAUAUCUAUCACAACCAGGGUCGGAUGGGCGGCACGGGAAAGGGGAAAUCACGACCCUUUUCCCCCUUCUUUUUUUUUUGUUCAUCGCUGUUAGCAUACAGCUUUCUGCGAUGUAUCUCCGAUCCCCCAGCACAGACCCACUGAGUAAAAAAGGUACUACUGCUGUAGGUCCAGAUAUUUGUGGUACGGAUUGGUUCGUGUUCGUGAUAGUUGCUGCUGUGUGUGUCGACAGAGUGACGUAGAACAACUUGAUCGGACAGGUUGCAUUACGGGACUGUCUGCGUUGAAGAUCGUUGAGAAGCCACAUAUUAUCAGAACAGCAAGGAACGUUCUGUGGGAAUGUUCUUCGUGGAUGGUGCAUUACCCCGAAUGUGUUUCUUAUGGAUAGUGCAUCAGUCAGAGGAUUCAUGGACUGCGGGAGGUACGGCCAGUAGUGCCCAAGGCCUUGGCAUGUCUAGCGUGAGAGUUGGGAAUAGUAGUGUUGCAAGCACAGGCUUGAACCCUCACGAUACUGCUGUUAACCGUUCCUCUGCUGGUGUCACAAGCUUUGGUUCGGUUGGGAUGGGAAGUAGGGCUUUUGGUAGUCAGUCUUUUCAUUCCAGGAAUAGGUAGUGGGGCCUUCAGUAGCCAGUCUUCUAUUCCACCCGCACCUACAGCGUCGAGUAGGUGAUGGGAAAAUGUCGCCAGUGGAACCACAUUGAUUCCUGGGGCCGGCACCGGCAUCACAGAACCAGGAGAAAACUUGGGUAGGAGCCCUUUUAAAGUUCCCACAGCUCCUGUGUUUGACGGAUCGGACGUCGCAUACCCGUCAUGGUCACAAAACUUUCUACUGAGUGCCCGACACAACAACUUGUUAGAAGCAUUUACUUCUGAAGUGGAAAUUCCGAUCGCAAGCCUUGAAGUCGGCUUGACCCCCUCGGUGCAGCAAGGAUUCGGUGUGGAUGUGCUGCGCCAGGAAGACUAGACAAUGGUGAGAAGUCUGACAUGGUGCUAUUUUCUCAAACCAGAUUGAACAACUCGCAUGAUCUGACGUGUCUGGUAGAGUAUUACGAGGUUAUGCUGCUGGAGUGCUUGUCAAGUGAUGAUGCUGUCCGCAAAUACUCUUUAUUUCUUGUGAGGAAGACAAAUAUGGUGUUACGGACACGGGUACUGCUUUCCACAUGACAGACUCUCUCUAGCGUUAACGAUGUAAAGGAUUGCUAUUAGAACGCAAGAGGGAUUGAUGGCGUUACUUGUGAAGUAGACCGUCUGGAACCCUGGAGGAAGUGUUUGUGAUUGCUGACAGCGAGUGUUCAGUAGGGUUGAAGGUUUGUGCAACCUCUAUUCUCCCAGCGCAGUAUUUGAUGAUGGUAUCCCAUCAUUGGUUGAGAUUGUUAGAUCUGACAAUGGGGGGGAGUUUUUCGGAGGAGAAUUUUCGUCCGUGUGCAACGAGCUCUUGAUUAAGCAAGACUUCAUCCCGGCUUACAGUCCCCAAUACAACGGUGUUGCAGAGCGUGGUUUGGGAUNCGGAUGUAUUUCCUGGAAAGUAAAUCAAACGCUGCGAGUGCUUUCCGGAGUUUCCUCGCAAGUGUGCGUGCAGAUGGUAUCCCAUCAUUGGUUGAGAUUGUUAGAUCUGACAAUGGGGGGGAGUUUUUCGGAGGAGAAUUUUCGUCCGUGUGCAACGAGCUCUUGAUUAAGCAAGACUUCAUCCCGGCUUACAGUCCCCAAUACAACGGUGUUGCAGAGCGUGGUUUGGGAUUGAUUGAGGCGGCGGCAAUGGCUGCCCGUAUUCAGGCAAAAGUGUUGUUUGGGCAUGUGCAAUUACCUAAGACUGAUAGACUAUGGGCUGAGGCGAUGCACUGGGCUUGCGAAGCAAUUAACCACACAGCUUGUUCCGCUAACCCCGAUAGGAAGUCGCCGUAUGAGAUGUGGCAUGGUGAAGCUAGUCCUGCUAGACCGUAUCCGUUUUUGAAACCGGCUUAGUGUAGGUGGCAGCGACCGUCUAAGCUGCUGCCGAAGGGUGAGGCUUGCUUUCAUGUCGGUCCUUCGAG